AUGGAACGCAGAGGACGAUCCGGAAAGCACGAAGAGGUAGAUAUUACACAACUCGCCUCUGUGGGGGCGACAUCAGGGUCCUCCAUGUCUAAACCCCCGAGCAUAGCCAAGAAGACAGCCGAGACCGUCGAAUACAUUGACCCCGAAGAUCUGGAGCAAAUCAUGGGCCAAAUGGGGUUUGUGAAGGAGGGAGACGAUAGAUGGGAGCUGGUGGAACAGGUGGAUGAGGAUGAAGAGUGGGACGAAGAUGAGCAGUAUGAGGAGGAAUGCAGGGUGGCUCUGGAGAAACGAAACCAGCAGCAACAAAGACAACAGCAGCACGCAGAACCAAAAGUCGACUUUCAGAACAGCAGGGAGUUUAUGGAGGGUUCUGUGGGCUUUCUGACGCUACUGCUAGUUCUGUCAAUGGUCGGGUUUCUUACGAUUACGUUCGUUUUUGUGGAGAAGGAGUGGAAAGAGGGAGACUGGAUACUGCUACCGAUCUUGCCACUGGAGGCAGUUGGUGUGGUUUAUGGCUGGUACAGGGGUGCCCGCGUUCAGACGGGACUUGUCCAGGUGUUGGGAUUUGCAUACAAGUUGAGACAUCCUCUGCUGGCCGUGUUGAUGACUGUCUUUCUUCUCACCAACCAGGCUUGUCUCGCGGGCAUUGUGCUGAUUAAGCGUAAGAUCAGAGCUCAGUUUGGACCUGGAUCUGGAGAUAAGCAGAACCCUAAGAGUAGAGAGGUCGAUAAGAGCAAGGAGGAGGGGAGUGGGCCUGCUGAGGACUCCGAUGAGGUCCCCCAGCUCGUGAGCAGUUGA